GUUUUUGUAGGAUCUUUUGCAUGAGGCUGAUCCCUGGUCUUGAGGAUUCAGAUGAAAGAAAUUGACUCUAAUCUUGAAUUGAGGGGACUGGGGAACGUUCUAGAAAUGUACAAGGAUGGUCAGACCGAGGCUAACCAUUUAUGUUUGUCAGGAGUUGCAGCAAGUUCGAGAGCAGCAACAGCAGAAACAUGAAAAUGGUGAUUCUGUGAGCAGUUCUUUCUAUGUGUACCACGCAAUUUAUUUUGAAGAAUUAACAGCAAUUGAAAUGACCGAGAAGAUAGCUCAACUUUUCAAUAUUUCUCCUCGUCAAAUCCAUCAGAUCUACAAACAGGGACCCACGGGUAUUCACGUGCUUGUGAGUGAUGAGAUGAUCCAAAACUUCCAGGAUGAAUCUUGUUUUGUUUUAGACACAUUAAAAGCUGAGGGCAGUGACAGUUACCACAUAAUCCUCAAGUGAAUAAUUUCCAUGGAUAGUGUCUUCAGUGAAUGACUUCACCCCUAAGUUGUGGUUCCUACUCUUGAGAGAAAAACAUUUACAGCCCUUUAAAAAGACAAAAGGAUGUUGCUGCCUAUCCUGGCUGGGCAGGAGGAAUCGCAAUGGGAUUGUAUACAUGUUCAGCAGCCUGACACAAGUGACUAAUAUUUGUUGAAGCAAAUUCUCACAGGCAACUGGGGGCA